AUGACGAAGCAUAACAUUCAGCUUGACACCCUUAAGCAGUGUCUCAUGUUCCUGCAGUGGCUGCAUAGCGGGGGAGGAAAAAAGAUGCAAACCCAGGUGGCUUUAGAUUUAUAUGGGCGUAUCAAGCAAUAUUUUAAAGAGGAUCAGAAUAAUUUUUCCCUAGUCAACGUUGAAAAGGGCUUGUCCGCUUUCCUCACCACCGUGUCGGCGUUCUACACGAGGUUAUGCAAAGACCCAGCGCCUGGCAAAAAUGUUAAUAAACAACCGAAAGAGAUUGUGGACGCUCUCCUGGAGUGUCUGCCCAAGUUCCUCGCUGCCAUAUAUUUUUUGGAGUACUGCGUGAAUCCGGCUUUCAAAACGCUGGGCGGCGGGUGGUGGGAACAGAACUGGCCUGCGUGGAAUGAUAGUUCUGGCGGCGAUCUCGCUAAAUAUCUCUACGCGACAACUACCGACCGAAAGUACAGCCAAAUCCCCGGGUUGAUACCCGGAGGCUUCGGUAAAGACGAUCAGGUGAUAUACUAUACACUUGGGAGUGGAUACUACCAGGGUGCCCAAAUGUCUGGGGACCUACAAAAGAUUGUGGACAAACAGUUCUACAAUUUUUUCCGCAGCGUGUUUGUGAGCUCCGUUAUUGGAGAAUCGGCCAAGCGUCCAGAGAACGCCGCGAAUUCUCUUGUGUUGGCGAGAACCUUUUGCGAUAUUGUUCUUGGGGAGACAGAUAAAGAGACAGGUGGAAAAUUAAUAGAAGCAUUGAAUGCAGGUUUACGCCAACAAGUAGGAUCAAGAGAUAAAUCCAUAUGCUGGAAAGAGUUACAUUCCCAUUGCACUAAGCUUCGAAAAAAAUUUUACAGAUUGUUCGGUGAAAAACACUUCGACUUCACCGGACUGUCGACGGACACCGGAAACCUUAAUAAGACAGAGUUGGCGAAGGAAACGGCGAAUUGGAUUAGACAGAAUGUGGUCAAUGUGCGGGGUCAUUUGAAUGAUAUUGAUACCAGUGAUCGUGUCAAACAUCUUGGAGAGUAUUUCACGAAAAAUCUCUUCCCGUACGGUUUUACCAUUUUUAAUGGGACUCGCUUUAAAAUGAAUCCAAGUGAUCUUCAGACAUUGAAAAAAGAUUGGCGUGAGGUGAUCGAAGAGUUUAAGAAAAGCAACGGCGAUUUGAAUACGCUCAGAGAAAUUUUGAGUGGAACGUAUAAUGUUUCAUGUAAAAAUCAAGACCCUCCGCCUGAAAAGAAAGCUGAGGGAGCGCAGAACCAGGGGAAGAAAGCUGAGGCGGCGAAGCCGACUGCCACUAAGGUUAAUGAGGGAGCGCAGAACCAGGGGGGGGGGAAAGUGAGGGAACUUCAAAUCAAAGUGGAGAUACGUCCGCCUUCCGGUGGUCACGGAGCUACAAGUCCGCAAGGGCCUAGUGGUGAUAGAGGACAGCAAAGGCCUACUGAUCCAGUUCCUACGGUGUCUUCUUCGACUCCAGUUCGAACAGAUCAACAAGUUGUUCAAGUUCAACACUCUGCUCCAGGCCCGCAAGGGCCUCUCCCUCCGCCGCCUCCUCCCCCUCUUCCUGGACCGCCUGCCCUCUCUGGUCAGCCAGGUGUCCCGGGUUCAACGUCCGAUGAUGCUACAACUAUACGGACUGGUCCCCCUCAAGAUCCUGCACGUCCUCAGACUACGGGUGUUUCAGGGGCUGGCGCUGGGCCAACUGGUGAUAAGGGGGCUGGUACACAAGGUGGUGGAGGGGCUGGUCAACAAGGUAAUCGAGAUGUUACUCAACCAACAAGUCAAAGCACCGAUCACGAUUCAAGCGGCGACGCUAAUACGUCGGAUGCCCCGGCGUCUGGUGGAGGUGGGGGUAGGAGUGGGUCAGGAGAUAAGGUUGUUCCUCAAUCCGUUCCAAAUGUUAGUAAAAAACAGUGCAAAUCAGAUGAAUAUUUAGUGAAAGAUUCCGGUGGCAAUGAAAUGUGUUUUCGAAAUCCUCAGAAUCCCGCCCCAACCAAAUCAUACGGCCCCAACCUUUCCCCCGAUUUUCUAAAGAAACUUAGAGAAAAAGAAGCAGACGUCCUUAAAAAGGCGGAAGAGGAGGAGGAACGGAGACGUCAGCAAUAUUUACAGUAUUACUAUCCUAAAACAUUUCAUCAGAUCCCUACUGCUGUUGAGUCUUCAGCCACUAUGGGCCUUGAUGGCGUCGACGUCUCCAAUGAAUCUUUGUAUGAUCCCGGCCUAUGGUGGGAACAAAGGUAUAGAAAUGAUUGGAAUUAUCCGAAGCAAUUAGUAGAGUGGACUGCAAAAAAGGAGCAAGAGAAAUUCGAGAGAAAUCUUGAAGAAGCUAAGCAAAAUGUAUCGAAACAACUUAAGGACACCUGGAUACUUCAGGAAUUACGGGACGACGACCUUGGCCACGUCGUCGUACCUUACAUACAUACGUCGAUGCCACUUCCGGAUCCGGAGUAUCCGGACCCGUUAGCACCCAAAGCUUUGUCACUGUCAGGAUCAGUCAUUGAUUCGCCGCCUCCUGAGACAGAUGACCCAGUGCCGCCGCCAACUGGUGACCAAUACGACUGGGACAUCGAAGUUGUACAACCGCAUCCAGACGCAGUGGAGAGCGCACUUAUAGGCAUAGAUCCGUAUUCUGACGUGAAAGACGAUGGACUGGUAUUCGAAAAAAUUGAUCGCCAAUCUGAUGCCAAACAAGAUUAUGUCGACCUCCACAUCGACGUCGCCAAGCCCAUUGUUCAAGACCUUGUCGAUAAUCCUGAUGAAUACCUUUACUCCAACGCGGAGGAUAUCCUGCGGGACGAGUUGAAAAAUGCGGAGUCCUGGCAUGGUGAAGACAAAGGAUUUUCUGCCCUGCCCAAGAGUAAUUUCAACAUUGAAUUUACUCCAUCAUUUUUAGAAUCCGAUGGGGAUCAUGAUGCUGGUAUUACCCGCGGUACUCCAAGGAAGCCAUAUGACCAGCACAUUCCAGUGUUCCCUGACUCUGGAGUAUGCCAAAACCCGUGGUACGUCCCCGAUGCCUCCUCCACUACCGUCACUCCACCCCUCUCCCCGCCCCCAGACACGGACCAUCUGCCCCCGCCAGACACCGUCAGGGAAAUGCUCUGCUGGCUGGUUGGAAUGGCUGAGUUGGGGUAUAUUCCUUUCAUCGAGGACCAUCUUAAGAGCAUUUUGACGGAAUAUAACAAGGAUGUCUCCCAGCCUCCAGAUGCCCUCGAGGUCACCAGAGAUCCUUACACUCUGGACGCUGCCCGUGUCGCCAACACCCUGACUGAGGCGUCCCUCUACGGGGCCAGCGUUCUCCACAGGAUUAAACACAAGGACAAUUCGAAAGCUGUUUCAGUCCCUGAUUUCAGCUCAGAAUAUUCCAAACUUUGUUACUCCACCGACCCCGCCCGCCUCCUCUGCCAGCUGCGGGACUACGUCUACGCCUGCUGCCACCAGUUGGAGUUCCUGAGGUCGCAGUGUUCUCGGAAGCAGUCAUAUGGUGGUUGGCAGGAUUGUGAGUACGGCCGUGACAUCAAGAUACCGUCCCCCCUCCAGGCCUUCCUGACCGACGCCUCCACCUCCAAGUUCGAGACUCACCGCUUCGACCCGUGUGACAUCUGCCUCAAGAGCCGUAUCAACAUGGGAUUCCAAAAGGACGAUUUUUCUAAGGACUCCAACGAUGGCAAGCAUCUUCACACCAUCCUCUCUCCAGCUGCGGCGGCGAGGAUCCCCUGCUGA